ACCAGCGGCAUCCCCAUCCAUUCUUCGCAAGCCGUAACAGCAAACAAAGCGAGCGAGAAUCUCCUCUAGCUAGUCUGCAAGAAGCCAGGGAGCGGCGAGGACGCGAGCUGUGACACCGGUAGGAUUAAUCGAUCCACAUGGCGCCCAAGCGGUCGACUUCGCCGGCUGGAAGCAGCAGCAGCGGCAGCGGCAGCGGUGCGGAGCAGCCCAGGCUGCGCGGCGUGCGGAAGCGGCCGUGGGGCCGGUACGCGGCGGAGAUCCGCGACCCCGUGCGGAAGGCGCGCGUGUGGCUCGGCACCUUCGACACCCCCGAGCAGGCCGCGCGCGCCUACGACGCCGCCGCGCUGAAGCUCCGCGGGCCCGGCGCCACCACCAACUACCCCUCGGCCGACGCGAAGGCGGCGGCGGCUCCGGCGACGAGCGGUAGCGGGAGCGGGAGCAUCGUGCUGUCAGAGGGCGCGUCGUCCUCCUCCUCCUCCUCUCGGGACUCUCCGCUGGCACCGAGUCUGGCGCUUCCGGCCACGGCCGCCGCGCAGCCCUGCCAUCUGUUCCUGGACCCAACGACGACGACGGUGAUGGUCGUGGCGCCGGCGCUGCUGCAGUUCCUGCCGCCGAAGAGCGAGGAGGAGCAUAGCUUCGCAGGGUCGAGCUCCUCGCCGCCCGUGGUGUUUGACUCGGCGCCGCCGGCCGUGGGCCUGGGGCUGGACCUGAACCUGGCGCUGCCGGCGCCAGGGACGAUGGUGGUGUAGCGGACAGACUAAUCAAUUGGUUAAUUGCAUACAGUAGGAAUUAGCUGAUGAUGGAUCCAGAUGCCAUCAGGCCAGUGUAAAAUAGGCUGCAGAUUUGUGAACGCAGCCCAUCGUUUUCCUUUCUUUUUGUACUGGCACAUCUGCAUCUUCUUGCAAUGCAACAACGAGGAUGAUCUUCCCUCCCAGUUUACUACAA